GGGGAGUUAACAAGAGGGCCUACCUAGGCAUUCAGUACCUGGCUUUGAUAAAAGGGCUGGCCCUGCGGUGGACUGGGGCCUAGAACUGAGAACACUAGCAGGCCCAUCUGGAAUGUGCUGUUGCCACCCUGGCCCGUCCCACCUACCUUUGACCGAACGGGUUUCCCUGUCUUUGGGUGUUAACCUCAACAGGAAAACAGCUGCUAUUGGUCUGGGCUUGUCAUGUGGGACCACACCCUACAAUGGCGGACGAGCGGGACCCCGAGGGGCGCGCGGCAGCGCGGCCGAUGCUCACCGACCUGUACCAGGCCACCAUGGCACUGGGCUACUGGCGCGCUGGCCGGGCGAGCGAACCCGCCGAUUUCGAGCUCUUCUUCCGCCGCUGCCCGUUCGGUGGCGCCUUUGCCCUGGCUGCCGGCUUACGCGACUGCGUGCGUUUCCUGCUCACCUUCCGCCUGCAGGAUGAAGGUAGCCUUGACGAACCCCAGGAGUCUCCCACGAGUCCCGUGUCCAGCUAGACCUACCUCUACAACUCUGAUUAGACCCCCAACCCGAUUAGUCUUCUGACGCAUAGGACAGUACCCCGUGAGACGUUGCAACUCCGACCAGUCCAAGGAGAGCCCCGCGCCAAACGUGCAUACCCUCCUCCCCUGCCUAACCAGAC